AUGAAGGGAUCCUCACUUGUUCUGUCAAGCACUCUCCUGAGUUGCGCCCACGCUCUUCAACUCCAUAAGCGCCUUAAUCCAUCCGUCGUCUCAGUCAACUUUGAGAAGCGAACAAAAGACGUCUUCCCCAGCCAUAAGAAAAGAGACAAAGAUGCCGUUGUUGAGAUGAAUGUGGACCGGCAAGGCGUCAGCUAUCUCUACUGGGCCAACUUCACCAUCGGAAAUCCGCCGCAAAAGCUUUCCGCGGAAAUUGACACUGGCAGCGCCGACUUGCUUGUUCUCACUAAGCAGGUCGAGUCUUGCAAAGAACAGGACUGCCAGGGUGGUAUUUUUGACCCGGAAAAGUCGGACAGUUUCGAGUGGGGUGAAGAGCAGGUGUCCAAUAGUUUCGGCAGUGGCCAAAGCUGGAAAGGUAACUACGCCAACGACACGUUUACACUUGGCUCAGUCACCCUCGAGUCUUUCCAGUUUGUUGGUGUGACAGAGUACAAUGCCACCAAUAGUAAUAUCAUCAGCGUCUUCGGCGUCGGUAUCGACAGCCUAGAAAAUGCUCACACAAAAUACCCCAACCUGCCUUAUGCUCUGGCCGAUGCAGGCGAGAUCAACACUCCCACAUUCAGCUUAUGGCUCAACAACGAGACAAAUGGAGAGUUUCUGUUUGGUGGCGUCAACAAAGCCAAGUAUACAGGCCCCCUCGUCACUUAUCCUGUUGCGGGUGACAACACAUUUGAUCUGCGGGACAGAGCCCUGGUGGUUAUGACAGGCUUCGGGACAACGUCUGAUGGCAAGACUUCGGAGCUUGACUUUGAAGCUCGACCUGUGCUCCUCGACUCGGGCACUGUACAGAGCAGACUGAGUCUUAAUAUGACCAUGCAUCUGAUCAAGACCAUGAAGGUCUCUCUGGAUGAGCAUUUGGGUGCCGUAGCGCCCUGCAACACAAGCUCCAAGGAAACUCUGGAUUUCAUGUUUGGCGACCUGACUCUGAACAUACCCCUCGCCAACUUCCUCUCAGAAACCCCCGCCAAGAGCGGUGUCGACGGUGUUGAGUACUGCAAAAUCGUCUCUUACGAGGAUUCCACUAGCAUCAUCCUCGCUGACGAUUUCCUCCGAGGUGCCUAUGUUGUUUUCGACUGGGGCAACAUGGAGAUCUCUCUGGCUCAGUACAACUCUGAGGAGGCUGAAGACGAUAUUCAUGAGAUUGUGCGAGAUGUGCCUGGCGCUUCCUUCGCCACUGACGUCCCGACAAUGUAUUUGAAGUUUGAUCAGCCUGCAGAGACUGAGGUGACUGAGAUCCCAACGGAGUUGCCGACGAUUACAGCAACUCCUGUCAGUACAGCGACUGGGUCUGGUACUGGAUCGGUGGCAGCUUCGUCGACUGCGGCUGGAGAUGAUGAAGACAAUGGAGCGACGGGAGCCUGUCGACGAGCUUAA